UUAUUUUAAUAAUUUAUUUUAGAUAAACAUUUUUUUAAAAGUGCAAGAGAGAAUAGAAAGAACAUCUUUGGCUACAGUGUCGGCCACUUCACUUCUCCGUUUCUUCCAAAAUUCCUAGCAGGGUUUUAGAAUGUGUUAAAUGUUGAAGGUGGCACCCAUUUCCUCCGAAGGUGCUUCAGAAACUCUGAAAAAUCGUGGGAGACUGGACGAAACCUCUAAGAAAGGGCUAUGCUGGUCUGAGCUAAAGCGUACUGGUAUGUCACGGUGGGGAGUUUCUCGACUAGUUACCUUCCAGCGCGAACACUGCAAUUCCAAAAUGUCACCCAGUAUUGUUAAGGAGAAUGAAGAUCAGAAAGAUGUUGGAGAAGCUGUGACAGCUGAAUCUUCAGGGUCAGAAAGUCGGAACAGAAAACGCCUGAAACUUGGCCAACUUAGAGAGGCAAGAACUACAAAACGUGAAAAGCUAAGGCCACAGAACAACAGUUCUUCUCGUAAGUCUAAGCAUAAUAAGCUUGAGAAUACCAAGGACCGAUGGUCUGCUGAUAGGUAUAAGCUGGCUGAACAAAGUAUGCUAGAGAUCUUGAAGGAUGAAGGGGCUGUUUUUGAGAAUCCAAUAUCUCGACCAGUGCUCAGAACAGCAGCUCGUAAACGCAUUGGUGAUACUGGGCUCUUGGACCAUCUGCUGAAGCACAUUGAUGGUAAAGUGGCACCAGGUGGUGCAGAGAGGUUUAGGCGUUGUUACAACACUGAAGGAGUGAUGGAGUAUUGGUUGGAGAAUGCUGACCUAGUUAAGAUUAAGCAGGAGGCUGGGGUGCCAGAUCCUAACUAUGUUCCCCCAUCAUCUUGGUGGAAGUGUAGUGGUGGCUCUUUUCAGGAUUCUGUUUGUGCUGGAGAGUUGAAGGUGCUUAAAGUUGAAAUGGAGAAAAUGAAGAGGGAUAUGCAGGAGCUAGUGUGCCAUCAGCAGGAGCAAGAUCAAGCUAAUCCGGUUGAGGAUACUCACAAGGAACUGGUGAAAUGGAAAGCUAAAACAGAUCAGCGACUAAUGGAGCUAUCAAGUUCUUUGAGUGGUAUGCAGGACAUGUACAGGGAGUUGAUAAAAUGGAAGGCUAAAAUCGAGCAACAACUGAUGGAAAUAUCAAAUACGUUGAUCAGUAUGCAGGCAUUGAAGCAAUGCAAUACCUUUAGCUCUCCAGAUCAUCCAGAUCAUGAAGGAUGGGAAGAUUGGCUGGAGAGCACCAACCUGGAUGAUAUUCAGGAAGAUAUUGUACCUAUGUUAGGGAACAUAGAUCCGGGAAAUGUUGGUCAGGAGGCUGCAUUGCGAGAUAACUUACCUUCACCAUCUCUGUUGAAGCCUGGCGAUAGCCCUUCUCAGGAUUCUGUUUGUGCUAGGGAGCUCAAGCUGCUGAAGGAAGAAAUGGCUAAAAUGAAGAGAGAUGUGCAGGAGCUAGUACCCAGGAAGCAAGAGGAAGACCAAGCUAAUGUGACCCCAGAUUCUUCUGUUAUUACCAAUUCAAAAUUAGAGCUCGAUAAUUCGUUACUUAUUUUUCAGGAAAUGUUUAAGGAGCUGGUGAAAUGGAAAGCUAAAGUGGAACAACAAAUACUGGAGAUUUCAAAUACAGUUAGUGGUAUGCAGGCAUCAAAGAUAUAGACUCUUACCUUUUUUCUCUCUAAGAUGGAUAUGAGAUGAUAGAAUAGGAAUUUAGCUAUAUAUUUAUGUCUAGACAACAGUGGUUACCCUUAGAUUAGUCAAAUAUAGAUAUUUGUACAGAGCAUAUAAAUCUGAAGCAUAUGGUUCUCCUAUUUGAAGUCGUGGAUAAACCAGUAGGAUUUUCAUUUAACCUUUAAUUAUUUGUCCGACGAUUAUUAACUUACCACCCAACUAAUUUUUGAGAUUAUGCCUAACUGGUCUUAGGCUGUAGAUGGGUUUUAGGAAAAUAUGCUGUUUGACACUAAACUCAAAUGUCUUGUGGAUCUCUUCAUAUUUAUAUAAUUUACUUUUAAUGUG